AUCGUUCUUAAAGCAAAUAAGAAAAAAACUGAUUUUCCAAUAUUAAAAAGUCAUAUAGAGGACAAUUUCUUCAAAACCGUAGUAACUCAUAAUGGGAAAUAUUCUAUAAACCAGCCAAAUAAUUUAGUUGAGUUUGAUAGUUUCGUGUACAUAAUUAGAAAAAUUAAAAAAAACAGUAAUGGAAUUACAUUAAUUUGCAACAAGAUAAAUAAUCUUGAUAAUUUAUUUAAUUUAGAUCAAUCGUUGGGAAAAGCGUUAGGAAUUUUUAAGACAGAAAACGAAACUUUUUGCGAAAACAACAUUGAGAUUCUUAUUUCAGAUGUCACUCGAAAAUAUAUUAAAUUUUCUUUGGAUUUUCUGACAAUUUUUUUACCUCUUUUACAGAAUGGAAGCUUCUAAUACUAACAAUUUUGAGUUACUAUCAUUGAUAAUUAAACAAAAUGAGACGAUUCUCGAACAAAAUGCUAAACUAAAUUUAUUAUUAGAAAAAAAUAAGAAUGAAAUGGAAGAUAAAUUGCGAGUCCUUGAAGAACAAAAUAAAAAACAAAACGAUGAGAAUUCGAAAAUCUUUUCUUAUUUUACAACCGAAUUUAUUGUAUUAAAACGAAGCAUUGAUAGGAUUCUGAAGGAGGUUGAAAUCAAAAAUAAUAUAUAUUCGCUGGAAACGCUUCGGUCCACCCAAGAAGUUUUACAAUUCGAUGAAAAAUUGAAGGAAGAUUUGGACCUUCAGAACCUUAUGCUACGCCGUUUAAAAAAUCAACCCCAUGACAACAUAAAGACUUUUAUAUUUGAAAAUUUGAAACUUAUUUUCCAAACAGACGAGGUCAUUACAACGUUUUCGUGGCACAAUAUGUACCAAAACACGGCUGUAAAGGACAUGUAUUUUAUAAGGCUCCUUAAAGAUGCAGCAUUGGAACAUAUUCCGGGAACUAUGGGAAGUACCAUAGAAACCCAAAUAAAGCAUUUUUUAAUUCGGCUAAAGAUAGACUUAACAAACGGCUGAAAAAUAAACGAAAAGUAUGCAAUUAAAUUAUUUUAAAAUAAAGUUUUAGACCUUAGUUAUAUUUAUUCAAAUUGAAUUGUAACUUUUUAUGUUUUUUUUUUAUUAUAUUUUAAUUUCUUUAUCCAUUAAAUUUCACAAAA